AUGAACCACUCGCAGUACGACAACCUCAAUUGGGCCACUGUUCGUGGCCGCAAUGACGGUGUUCUGAAUCGGUUUGUUGCCCUACAUGGAAUUGUGGGUGCGUUGUGGGUGAACUGCUCACCGGAAAGACUUUUCUGGCCAUCGAAAUCCUGCAAUACAAGCAGGCGGCCCCCCAAAUAG